AUGGUGGUGUCGCAUUUCAGCCCAGUCAAAGAGCCCGGGUUUAAGAAUGUGGGUCAUUUGAAGUAGAGGAACUAAAGCGUGUUGUUCGCCCGUGAAUAGGGCCUUCUCACAAUGACACGAUGAAAAGGCGUGUGAACAAGCACCUGUGCCUGAGGGCCACACUAAAGUGCUCCGCCAUAUUAUUUACUGUCCCUCCCUCCAUCCAUGCAAGCCCUGUUAUUAUCCAGCACAUGAAUGGAUUACUGGGAUGAUGGGAAUCAAUCUGUUAUGGGCAGCAACGUGCUAGCUUUAGCUAUAAGAUACCUUAUCUCCUCACUAGGGAGGAUCAUGGUCGUCCAAGACAAUAGGUUUAACCAAAAUGACAUUUUGAAUAGGUUGAAAUGGUUUGGAUGAGCUUUGAACUCUCAUAAGCGUCUGUUAGUCUAUGUGAAAAAAAAAAAUUGAGCCCAGGUUGGCGCAAGGAGAGGGACGGAAGCAACAUUGUUACAAAUUACCUCCACCAUAAUUCCCAAAAUCUGUUUUUAACUCCCAUCAUGUCUUUAACCCUAGGAUCUUCUCUGAACACCAGAACAGUGAUGCCACCUGGCCAUUCAACAUGGCCAGAAUCCUACUUCAACUGUACUGAAUGGCUCAUGCACUCCAUACUUUAAUUAAACAUUUAAAACCAUUACAUGGUGUAAACCUGUAUGCUAGGGCUGACCCCAAUUAGUUGACUGGUCGAUUGUUUGGUCGUUAGGCAGUUGGUCGACCGAGAUAGUUUUAGUCGAGCAGUAACAAAUAUAUAUACACUACCGGUCCAAAGUUUUAGAGCACCAACUCAUUCAAGGGUUUUUCUUUAUUUUUACUAUUUUCUACAUUGUAAAAUAAUAGUGAAGACAUCAAAACUAUGAAAUAACACAUAUGGAAUCAUGUAGUAACAAAUCAAAAUAUAUUUUAUAUUUGAGAUUCUUCAAAUAGCCACCCUUUGCCUUGAUGACAGCUUGAGGCCUAGACUAAAAGCCAAUGUAUGCAUGAUCCGAAAAUGUGGUCGGAGUCUCCAUAUGGAGGGUGUGACGCAAUUGCGGAGCUUCCAGAGGCAUGCAGAGGCCAAAUCGAGCUCUGUACCGCAUCGCCAUGCGCCUCCCAAAUGUUGUAACAAUGCGGAGGGCUCUGUAUAGCUCCGCAUUGACAUGAGUGGUUGACAGUAGGUGGGGGCGGUACAUCCUGUAGAAAACAUAAACUCACUUCCUUGACAACAGCUCUGCACUGGUCCGCGACACGCAAGAUGUAUGAAUGCCAUGACUUCUGCUGAGGCUGUAUCACCGUAAAUGCUGCAUGGCCAAUGCAGACGUCAGAUUGACCAUGCGCCCAGAUGCACUUCUCUCUCCAGAAUGCGCUCUCUCCCGCCAAUUUGUGCACAUUCAUUGUUUCAUAACUUAAUUGUGUGAAUUGUUUGUGUUUGAUUGUUAGUGUAUAUCAAUUCCCCAUGACAUAUAUCUCCAGUAGUACAUUUACCUUUAAUUCCUAUAAUGUUUGUUACUUUGGUUAUGGACAUUUCUGUUAAUGCAUUCACUAUUACUAUUCCAGUCUUCCCGUUAUCAUUUUCAUUGUCGGAGUGGACACGUUUUUGGCAGAGUGCACAACAUAUGCUACACUUGUGAGAAACAAGUUUUGGUUUAUUCAUUCCAUUUACUAGUUUUGCCAAUUUAGUCAUUGUCAUUUGUUUGGAGUGCUCCUGUCAAUGUUGAGUAAGGAUGCGCACGCAUAGAAGUAUGCCUAUAGCCUACCUGGCCUGGGCGCAAAUGUAGGCAUAUAAUUGUGCCCAUUUGGGGAUCUGAUAGUAUUUCUGAUUGGCAUAACGCACCACCACUAAUGACCUGUGGAACUUCUCAAAGUAAUGUUUUCUUCACCUCAAACAGCAAGCAAAAUAAAUCUGUUUUUACAUCCAUUGGGAAUUACAAUAUUUCCUCAAUGUAUUUGAAAAAUCUUUCCAGCCCUCUCCCUUUCGAUAACCAUUCAGCGUGAAAGGGAAAAAUGUCAUGCUCUGAUCCAGUGGAAACGUCAUAAAAUAGGCCUACCUGAUUACUUCUUAUCAGUGUUUGACUUGGACUGAAACAGGUUCCGGUACUCAUUUUGGGUGCUGGUACUGUUUAUAUUUAGGUGCAGGAGCUCCACAAUACUUUUGAGCUAAUAUUCUAUAAGAGGAACAGGAGCUCAAGCAGUAGAACAUUUGAGGUGCCGGUACUCAGCUCCGGUGAGCUCCAGCCCAAGUCAAGCACUGUUUCUUAUUCCUUGCGCAAAUAGCCUACAGCUGUGUCUGUCCCGAGCAUACUGGAUAGGAAACUCUGAGGGCACAGAAUAUUUUAUACAAUGUUGCAAGUUCGUUAGGCAAGCUUCAGCCGGACCCAAGUUAAUAGUUGAUACAAUGUUUCAAGUUCGUUGCAGACAGGCCAUGUGUAGCCAAUGUGAUUUAUAGGAUAUUUCUUUUUAUCAGGAUAUUUUCUACCUGCACGCUGCAAUGUUUUUAUUUGUUGGCUUUAUGUAGGCUAUUUUACAUAUUUGGCAUAUGGCAAAAUAAGUUACUUUUUAGGUUUGUAUCAUUUUCAUUUAGAUUUGGAUAUAAUUUUGAUUAACCACAAGACAAUGAUUUUGAGAUAUGACAUUAUUAUAAUUUAAAUUAAACUGUUUCAUGAAAAUUUGCAUUUUAAACCCAUAACUGGCAUGCAGAUCGGUAGAAAUUGUAAGAUAAAUUGGCAUUCCACAUGAGAAAGGUUGCCGACUCCUCGUGUAGCCUAUUACCGGCAACUUCAGGAGAGUAAUGGCAGAAUUUGCGACAGCCAGCAGGAGCGGGAGAAGAAUAGUUGGGUCAGGUUACGUUUUUUUUCUUCUGGUUAUCUAGAUCUCUGGCGCCCUCUUGAGGCAUUUGUCUUAUUUCAUCAAACCGUAAGCUUAAAGCAUCAGACAAGCUCAAUGCAUAUAGUUGAUUUUAUAUAUGGAAAAUACACGUUUAAAAAUGUUGACCAAUCAAUUGGUAGAAAGAACAGGCUACCUUCGGUCGACUGUGAUUUCUUUUUUGUCGGGGACAGCCCUACUGUGUACAUACACAUGUUAUGUUGUCCUGUCUCUGUUUUCUAACUCUGGCCGGCUCUCCUAAUUGGCUUUCCUCUGCAGAUGUCCAGAUCAGAUUCAAAUUAGGGCCCAGAUUGCUCAAUCAAGGUUUCUGUUGAGAACACAUACUCUCCUCUCUCCUCACGCUCUCUGAAUGUGGGUGGGUGGGUGAGAGUGAGCCUGGUAAUGUGAACCUCUCCCUCCCUCCCUCUUGUUCUCUCUCUCUCUCCCUCUCUCUUUCUCUCUCUCUCUCUCACUCUCUCGCUCUCUCUCUUGCUGCACUGACCCUCACCUCUUUCCAGGCCAUCAUUGUAAAUAAGAAUGUGUUCUUAAUUUACUUACCUGGUUAACUAAAGGUUAAAUAAAUAAAUGAAACUUUCUCCUCCAUCUCCAUAUCCCCCUCUCUCUCCCACCAUUACUCUAUCCUCUAGGUGGUGGUGUUCCUGCUGUGCUCUGGGCUGGUGUGCUGUUGGGCAGAGCUGAAUGGCGUGGUGGCGGCCCAGUGGUCCGGCGAUGACAGGAACCGGACGCUGCGACACAGAACCUGUCUGGAGAACCAGCAGUACCUCCACCAGGGUCUCUGCUGCCUCAACUGCCAGGCUGGUAAGGAGAACCCAGUCCCAAAACCUGAUCUAGAACCCAAGCAAGAAUGUUGCUCUUAUACACUGCCAGGCUAUCACUACAGGCCAGAAGAAUCAGAGUUACUAAAACCUGAGCCCGGAACCAAGCCCAAGCUAGCGGCUGGGAACCCAAACCAUGCUUUGUAACAAAACCCAGUAGUAAACAUUCAGGGAGUAGGGUUUGUUUUAAAAGUGGUGUUACUAGCUGAAAUAGUCCCAUUAAAACCGAACCACUGCCUUACUGAUGCCAGUGCUGUGGAAUGAGCGAAGGACAUUAUAGCAGUACUAGCAUCCUUGCUAUUGCUAGGAAGCUACUGCUAAUAAGCUAUAACUAUUGCUAGCAUUAGCAAGCUAGCGAUUACUUUUCUGAUUAGAUUACCUGUUUUGACCUUUUGGGUCAGUCAGAUAAGAACAGGCAGACAGGCAGCUAGAGAAAGAAAGAGACAGGUCUAGGCUUACAGAUACACCCACAUUUGAAAUAUGUACACUAGUAAUUUAGCUGCAAUAAGACAGCAUUUUGAUAAGUCGCUAACUGCGCUGCCUCUAUCUGUAGCUAGUUAGUCAUCAAUUUUUCAAUCAAUUUUUAUUUUAAUCUGCCCUUCUUACUCAGCUAAUAUCUCGAAGUGCUGUACAGAAACCCAGCCUAAAACCCCCAAACGCUAGUAAUGCAGGUUAGAAGCACGGUGGCUAGGAAAACUCCCUAUAAAGGCAAAACCUAGGAGAAACCUAGAGGGAACCAGGCUAUGAGGGUUGGCCAGUCCUCUUCUGGCUGUGCCGGGUGGAGAUUAUAACAUAACCAUGCCAAAUGUUCAACAAAUGUUUCAUAAGUGACAAGCAUGGUCAAAUAUAAUCAGGAAUAAAUCUCGUUGGCUUUCAUAGCCGAUCAUAGAGUUGAAAACAGCAGUCUGGGACAGGUAGGGGGUUCCAUAACCGCAGCAGAACAGUUGAAACUGGAAUAGCAGCAAGGCCAGGCGGACUGGGACAGCAAGGAGUCACCACGGCCGGUAGUCCCGACGUAUGGUCCUAGGGCUCAGGUCUCUCAGUUGGCUUUUCAUAGCCGAUCAUUAAGAGUUGAAAACAGCAGGUCUGGGACAGGUAGGGGUUUCGUAGCCGCAGGCAGAACAGUUGAAACUGGAAUAGCAGCAAGGCCAGGCGGACUGGGGACAGCAAGGUGUCAUCAUGCCCGGUAGUCCUGACGUAUGGUCCUAGGGCUCAGGUUCUCAGAGAGAAAGAGAGAACGAGAGAAUUAGAGAGAGCAUACUUAAAUUCACACAGGACACUGGAUAAGACAGGAGAAGUACUCCAGGUAUAACCAACUAACCCCAGCCCCCCGACACAUAAACUACUGCAGCAUAAAUACUGGAGGCUGAGACAGGAGCGGUCCGGAGACACUGUGGCCCCAUCCGAAGAAAACCCCCGGACAGGGCCAAACAGGAAGGAUAUAACCCCACCCACUCCGCCAAAGCACAGCCCCCGCACCACUAGAGUGAUAUCCCCAACCACCAACUUACAAUCCUGAGACAAGGCCGAGUAUAGCCCACAGAGGUCUCCACCACAGCACAAACCAAGGGGGGGGCGCCAACCCAGACAGGAAGAUCACGUCAGUAACUCAACCCACUCAAGUGACGCACCCCUCCCAGGGACGACAUGAAAGAGCACCAGCAAGCCAGUGACUCAGCCCCUGCAACAGGGUUAGAGGCAGAGAACCCCAGUGGAGAGGGGAACCGGCCUGGCAGAGACAGCAAGGGCUGUUCGUUGCUCCAGCCUUUCCGUUCACCUUCACACUCCUGGGCCAGACUACACUCAAUCAUAUGACCUACUGAAGAGAUAAGUCUUCAGUAAAGACUUAAAGGUUGAGACCGAGUCUGCGUCUCUCACAUGGGUAGGCAGACUGUUCCAUAAAAAUGGAGAUCUAUAGGAGAAAGCCCUGCCUCUGUUUGCUUAGAAAUUCUAGGGACAAUUAGGAGGCCUGCGUCUUGUGACCGUAGCGUACGUAUUGGAGUCGCGGAAAUGGAAGAUAGGUAGGAGCAAGCAUGUAACGCUUUAUAGGUUACCAAGUUUUUUUGCUAUGGUCCUUUCAUCUGCAUAAUAUGCCACGCAACAUCCACUAAUUGGAAGCACCAUAGCUCUUCACACACAUAUUUAAAUUUGUUCCCUAGCUAGCACCAAUAGCAGCAUUGAAUCCUAUUCUGCAUUUCUAUAUGAAAUUAUUGGUGUAGAAAUGCCAAUUACCUUUUAAGUUUCUCUGUAUAUUUCUCACGUUUCCUCAUUCCCUCUCUCACUCUCUUUCCCUCUCUUUGUGGUGUGAUAGUAUCGUACUGUCUUUUCUCUGAACACAUGAUAAUAAGGUGCCUAAAGCAUUGCGUGCAUGAACGGAGCAGGAAAAAUGCUAAUGUUAUAUUUCAACCAAGAAAGAAGACACAAAACCACUAGUAGUAUAUAGUCUAUUCCAGUUAGACAUAGGAAAAGCACGCACACACACCCACACACACACACACCCACACACACUACCAUCACAACGCACAUAUACACAAGCACACCACCCUUUGUGUUACUCAAAGAAAUGCUACAGGCUAAAUGUGUCCUAAAUUUGGUUGAAGGUUAAAUAAAACAAAUAAAAAGGCUAUAACAGAGUAUUUGUAUUUGUGUAAAUGUUUUAUUGGUUGUUUGGUUUAUUGAUCGACAGGUACGUUCGUGCAGAGGGCGUGUGACCGGAACAUGGAGCAGGGGACGUGCAUGCCCUGCGAACAUGGCUUCACCUACACAGAACACUCCAACGGGAUGAACCGCUGCCUGCCCUGUACCCACUGUCGCAUGGGUAAUGGAGUCCUCUGACUUUUAUUUGUAGUCCUGUAACUGUUGUUUGUUGUUUUACCUGUUACCUGCCCUCUUUAGCUGUCCUUAAAGGAUUAUCUUACAACAAGUUUGUGUCGUUAGAAGAAGAGACUCUCCAUUUUACAUGAAGUUAGCUAUUUCUGGUCAAUCAACCAGAGUGCCUCUCUCUUUUGUCUGUUGCCAAUUCAUAAACUAUUAACCAAGGUAAACACCCAUUCCGGGAGUUUUUUCAUGGAGCAUUGGGCAAUCACAGUUUAGCUUGAUAGACUUUUGUUCCGGAGAGGGCAGAAUAAUACAUUGUGGCUUUCUCCCUGUCUUAAAAGCUCCAUGAUCCAGUGGUAUUACAUGGCAUAUGUUGGUGUGUCUUUGUGGUUUUGUUUCACACACACUGAAUGCAGAUUGUUUGUUACCUGUCUCAGGAGAGUCAUGUGUGUGUGGGUGCGUGCGUGGUUGCGUUACCUUGCACAGCAGUUGGGUGUGGUUGUGUUGUAUUGUCUCCCACGCCAUAUGAAAGGCCUGACCCAAAGAAAAGAGACUAUGGAGACUACUGUUACAGGGGAGUGACAUGUUUUGUGCUUCCCCACUGGGAAAAAACUGGUUGAAGCAAUGUUGUUUCCAUGUUCCAAAAAAAUAAUAAUCGAUGUGAUGGCGUGGAAAACAAAUUGGAUUUGCAAAAAGUCAUCAACGUAAGGGCAUUUAGUAAUUUCACCCAACUUUUAACCUAAAUCCAAUGACAUAGGGAUUUAUUUUGUUGAUUUCAUGUUGAAUUCACAUUAGUUGACAACUCAACCAAAUGUAAAUCAAAACUAGAUGUUGAACUAACGUCUGUACCCUGUGGCUAGUCACUGAGGUAUUGAGAAAGAACAUUAUUAUAUGAGUGCAUCAGUGCAUACACACCUCACAGUCCACACUGUGUAAACAUAAGAUAUACAAAUCUUUGUCUUAAAACUCUCGCUCGAAAUCACAAUUUUAUUAAGUUGUGGUUUAGAAAAUGCUGUUUCAGAAGGCUUUCAUCAAAUAGUCUCUCACGCCCUAUACAGAGAGAACAUCUAAGAAAAGACAGAUUUCAAUCAAAACUCAGACAUCGUAUUUAAGAAAAUGUAUCCUCCAGCUACUAUAUCAUCUUGUUAGUCUUUUGCUUUAGCUAGCUAUAUUACAAAGUUACUUUCUGCAGAAUUCAUUUUCUUAUCAUUCACAUGUUGUAAAAUCGUGUUUUUAUGGUUCUUGUUGGGUCAUUGUUUUAAAAGAUUUUAUGACCCAGUCAAUUUAGUGGCUAUUUUUUUACCUUGGCAUCGGUUUAGUUUAUUGGUCCGACUCAUAUAAACAUAUGACUACACCUUACUUUACAUUACCAUACAUUUUUUAAAUGUCUGAUAAGGAUAUAGUUACAUAAUAAUAACCUAGUGAUAUAUACCAGCAGAAACAGAACAGAACUGUAAAAUAAACUGCUACCUGUAUUAUUGAAUGUACAAUAUAUCAGUACUCUCUCCCUCCCUCCCUCCCUCCCUCCCUUCACAGACCAGAGCCAGACAGUGCCCUGUACCAGUACAACAGACACCCAGUGCCAGUGUCAAACUGGCACCUUCUGCGUGCCAGAGCAGGCCUGUGAGGUCUGCAAGAGAUGUGCCAAGUGAGUGCCAACUUCAAAAUGUACACCCAAGGCUAAAAACAAAACAAAAUCAAAGUUAGGCAAACAACAUACAAUUUAGGAUCACCAGAAUCUUAACAAAAUUGAUUGAGAUACAGCCUAUAUUGGGCCUAUAAGAAUUCUAGCUACUUUUGAAGCACAUGUUUUGCCCUAGAUGCGAAUAUGUAAUCCUGUAAAGACGUGUUUAUUAUAAAACUGUUGAUACAAAUACCUGUCAUUGAAAUUAAAAAGUAAUUUGUGGAAUAUUAUGUAAAAAGCACUAUUUCCUAUUGAGAUGCAUUACAUUGAAAAUUGUACACUGUUUCUUUAAGAUUGUCAAACUAGUGAGUGAAGACAUCCAAGCGAUCUGUCAGAAGCCUUCCCUUUUCCUUCUGUGCCCCUAAGUGUUUGGAUAUACUGGUAAAUUGCCAGAUUGUUAGCUACCUAGCUAAUUAGGUAACGUGACUGAACAAGGUGUCAACAAAUGGUUAAUGUUUCGCGAGUAGUUUUAGAACGGCCCAUAACAUGGUUUAUGAAUGUAAAAAAUGGCCGCCAAAGCGUGAUGGAAGGAAAAAAAAACGUAGUGCUGGUAAUAUGGGUAAAACUUUUGAACGGUUUGGGCUAGAAACAAGCCGUUUUCUCGGGCUGGGUGGUAAACCGUAUUGUACUAUACACUGAGUUUACAAAACAUUAGGAACACUUUCCUAAUAUUGCGUUGCACCCCCUUUUGCCCUCAGAACAGCCUCAUUCGUCGGGCCAUGGACUCUACAAGGUGUCGAAAGCAUUCCACAGGGAUGCUGGCCUAUGUUGACUCCAAUGCUUCCCACAGUUGUGUCAAGUUGGCUGGAUGUCCUUUGGGUGGUGGACCAUUCUUGAUACACACGGGAAACUGUUGAGAGUGAAAAACCCAGAAGCGUUGCAGUUCGUGACACACUCAAUCUGGUGCGCCUGGCAUUUACUACCAUACCCCGUUCAAAGACUUUUGUCUUGCCCAUUCAACCUCUGAAUGGCACACAAACACAAUCCAUGUCUCGAUUGUCUCAAGGCUUAAAAAUAAUUGUUUUACCUGUCUUCUCCCCUUCAUCUACACUAAUUUAAGUGAAUUUAACAGGUGACAUCAAUAAGGGAUCAUAGCUUUCACCUGGUCAGGCUUUGUCACGGAAAGAGCAGUGUUUUGUACACUCAGUGUAUAGCGGUAUUGCCUUUACGAAAAAAUAUUGCUGUUAGAGUGCAGUAUAACUGCAGUAUACUGAAAAUACUGCGUCCAAAAUAACACGUUUUUUGCAGUGUAACUGCAGUUACUGUGCAGUAUCACUUCAGUUAUUCUGCAGUUACUGCGUUCAAAAUACUACAGUUGACUGCAAUUACUGCACAUUUACUGCAGGUUCAAAACUGCUAUCUUUUUUUGUAAGGGUGAUGCAUGGACCGGUUUGGAUUUUUUACUUUACCUUACAUAACGGUAUUUCAAUGUCUGGGUUGUUUAAUGUAAUAUAAAUAUAAUAACUGAGUGAUGAAACUCGAAAAAUUAUGGCAAUCGUUAGCAGUAAUAGAGUGCUAACAGUUGAGAACUGCCAAUUUUCUACCAAGAGCUUUGGGUGAGCGCAUGUACUUUUUUUACCAUGAAUAUUGCCUGUGAGGCAGCGUAGGCGCCAGAAGCACCCUAGAAAUCAGUCCCUUGUGGCUAAAGUAAGAACUGCCAUUGAAUCCAUUGAAAAUACAUGGUUUUUGAUGAUAAUAAUAAAUAAUAAAAAGGAAACCUGACUUUUCACCAAAUAGAGGCAUACAAAGACAAAACAAAUGUGGUACAGUGUGGAAAUUAUAACAAAUGAAUUAAGGAAAUGCAGAAAAUUAUUUUGGGUUGAAGUUUGAUUGAACAGUUUAAAACAAUCAGAAAGCCCCAUUAAAACCACUUACAAUGUAUGUGUUGCCACCCUAGGGUCAUGCACUACUCAUGAAGCAUAUUUGGAACUUGUAUUAUUCAAAAACAUAAAAAUACUGUCAAAAACCAUCAUACCGUCAAAAAUAAGAAAAAUAUUGUGAUAUGAUAUUUUGGCCAUAUCGCCCAGACAUAUUUUCUCUGUAGUAAUGGUGCAAUCAUGACGGUCACAAAUCUGCGCUCGCUUUUUUUCUCUAGGGCACUCGGAAAUAGCGGUACAGCGAAGCAUCAUCAUUACAACAAUUAUUAUGUGGGUGAUUUUUUUUCUAGGCGCACUGGUCCGCCCAAAUAAAAAUUAGAGGUCGCACAGAAAAAUAUUUAGGAGCAUAUACGACCAAAGUUGUCACAAUUUAGAGCCAUGUUUACACCUCCAGACCCCAGUCCAGAGAUCACACCACUAGGCAUACUAAACAGUAGCCUGGUCCCAGAUCUGUUUGUGCCGUAUAGCCAACUCCUAUUGGCAUGACCAUAGGAGUUGGCAAGACCACACAAACAGAUCUGAGAUUAGCAUUAUGUCAUAUUUUAACCAAGUCUCUACUGAACUAACACUAGCCCCUUCAAAAAAUAUUAUACUAAUUCCUCUAUCUCUUUUCUUGUCUUCCCAGUUGUAAAGCGGGGGAGGAGGUGGUGAAGAAAUGCACCCCCAUCUCCAACACUGUGUGUAGGAAACGGGACGUCUCUCCUACCCUCCACCCGACUGCCCUCCCCACCCCCGCCCCCAGCUCACCAGAGACCAUAGGUAGGUCUACAUAAGUCUUUAGCUCUCUGUCUUAUAGUCUCUGAAUCAUUUUUAUUGAGGACCAAUCAAAUAAACAGAAUGAACAGCAUACAGUUGAUGUCACAUGCUCGUCAGUGGAGAGCAAAUUCCUACUUUAGUAAAGUCAUAGGUUAUGAGGUGUUUUAUUGCGAAAGAAUAUGCAUAUUUUCUAUGAAGUCUGAGACAUGAUUCUAAAUCAGUGGUAUUCAAAGUCGGGUGUUGCGACCCCUAGUGGAGUCUCGGGGGAACUGCAGUGGGGUCGCCCCAAAUAUUUGUUAGUUUUAUUAUGUACACCAAAUUAAGAGUACAGAUUAUUGUAUGAGACAAUAUGCAAACGUUUUUGAAAAAGAUCAUUUGAAAAAUACAAUUGUAUUGAAUUAAUGUAUUUAUUGGUUUCUUUUCAUUUUGAUAAGAGAUGAAAAUGCAAUGAAUUUAAGGUUAUUUGUUGAUGUAAAAAUCUAAUUUUACAGAUUUGACGGUUGUGUCAUUAGAUUUGGGGUGGGGUCACGAGAAAUUAUUGUGGAAAAAACAGGAUCCCCAGAAAUCUUGUAGAAAAAAUGGGGUCCCCACUGAGAAUGUUUGAAUACCGAUGUUCUAAAUGGUUGUUUCCUCAUUUCCCCUCCCCAAAAGUUACGCCAUUGGUCAUUCUGCUCUUGCUCUUCCUCCUCAUCAUCGGGAUUGGUGUGUGGCUUUGGAUCAAGAGGCCAUGUACAUUUCGGCCUGGUGAGUAACCAAAAUAAAUGUCCCUUGCCACUCCUGUGUAUUGAAAUAAAUAUUGACUCAAAACAUUGUAGAUUGAUUGUCUAAUAGUUCUCUAUGUGUUUUAGUUUGUCUCUCAGGUUCAGACAGUUGCUGUGACUCCAGUGACAUCGUGAAGAUUGCCAUUGUAAGUUUUCCCAUCUCUAUUCCUUUAGUUAUGCCAUUGGGGUUAUGUUAUAUACCGUCAGUGUAGAUCAAUAUAUGUCUGUUGGAUUGAUAUGAAUCUCUGGUGGUGAAAUGUUUUAAUGCGUCUUCUCAGAAUGUCUCUCUCUCUCUCUCUCUCCUCUCUCUCUCUCUCUCUCCUCUCGCUCUCUCUCGAUCUCUCUCCCUCUCCCUCUCUCCCCUCUCUCCUUCUCUCUCUCUCUUCUCUCUCUCUCUGCUCUCCUCUCUCUCUCUCCCUCUCUCUCUCUCUCUCUCUCUAUAUAUACAUAUAUAUAUAUAUAUAUAUAUAUAUAUUUCUCUCUCCCUCAGGAUGAGAGUGGGCCCACAGCAGAGGAGAGACAGAACAGCCAGAAUGCUGGCCUGGAGGGGGAGGUGGGCGAGGAGGUCCGUCCCGAGUCACGUCCCCUGCUGCAGGAGACCCAGGAUGGCCUGAUCAAGGCCUCCCCUCCCCUGGGACUGGGGGAAGACGAGGACCGGGGCCUGGGCGACAGCCUGCCCAACACCACCAGCUCCUCCCAGACCAGCCUGUCGGCCCUGCCCACCGCCGGGGCAGCCUCGUCGGGCAGCUCCCCCCGACACAGCCCCUCCGCCCAGAGACUGCAGCCCACAGCCAGGGUGAGUGAGGCAGGGGAGAUGGUUGGGGGUGUGGGGUAGGAGAGCUUGAGGGAUAUGGGGGCAGAGGAGGUUAGAUGAGGACAGGGAACUUGGGAGAGAGUGGAAGGUAGGGGGCACGGUGAUAGUAGGAGGGGGGACAGAGGGACAGGGACCCUGGGGCUAGGUUUGGCCCAGGACACAAAACCACACAAGCCCUGCUUGCACCAGAUCAUGUGAGCACAACUUCAGUUCUAGAGGGCAGAUAAUGGAGUUGUGUAUUCCUGCAACAGACACAUGUCCUAUGAAGUUUUCAGUAUUUUUACCAAGGCAGACUUUCAUAAUACUAAUAAUAUUUUAUUUAUUUCUAAACGGAUAACAGAUUUGUCCCUGGUGGCCCCUGGUGGUCUGUAGAAGGACUGUGGUUAACUAUUGUUUUUCCUUCUGUUGUGUUUCAGGAUGAUCCUCUGCAGAAUAGACUGGUGUCCCUGCUAGGUAAGAGACCCCACACAGAGCUGGAGGGUGGGCCGGGUCCUAGUAGGGAGAGGUUCCACACACACACACCAUAAAGAACACAUUCAUCAUGUCCUGACUGGGGUCUGUUUAGAAGAGAUAAUUUUUACAGAACGGUCAAAUAGAAAUGUAUUGUGUAGAACAAAUACUGUGUGAUCGUCAGGUAAAUAUGGGUGUACUAGUUACAUUUCUAUAUGCAAAGUUCUGAGCGUUUCACCUCACUGAAUACACUCCAUAGAGAUGGAAUACCGUCAAGUUAAUGUCAGGCCUCAGAAAAUCUAAACAAUCAUGAAUUUGAUUCAUUAUUAAAUUAUGGAUUUUAUAUGGGGUCCUUUCAUCCUACGAUUUUAAUUUGAUGAAUAGGGACUCCUAUAGGGUAUUUAACUAGUAGUGCGUGCUACUGAACUAUACUAUUAUGUAGUCAAUAUAGCUUGGCUUUGUGUGUAUCUCUCCCUGAAGUAAAUUCUGUGUGUGUAGCACUUAUUUACUAACGGCUCCACGUUUAAACCUCGUUACCUCUGUAUUCAGUGGUUGAUUGCUUUAUGAGUUAAUUCUCCGGCACUAUAAGGUUAGCAACAAUUUACAAUUUGGACCCUAACAAGGAGCUCUAUUGUAAGGCUGAGAAAAUUGACAAAAUGUGACGGGGGAAGCACACUGCCUGAACAGACCCCCACAGAAUUUUUUUUUUCUUUAUUUUUGUAAAAAUAAUUUAAUUUAGUUUUCUAGACAAUACACAAAUAUACAUAUAAAAAGACAAUAGACAGCUUAACAUUCCACAAACAUAGAUCCAAAACUAGACAUGACGUUGGCUGGGACUUAAUGUCCAAACUUCAACAUAAAGAAAAAAGAUGAAUAAAGACAAACCAUCAAUUUAAACGUACAUACAUUUCAACAAACAUUAAUGACAGACCACCACAGAUUCUGAAAUAGAUAAUAGUUGAUGCAGAGCACCAUUAAAUCAGUGCAGGACUGUACAUGUUUAUCUAUAGAAAAGCUCUCUUAUUACUGUUUUUGCUGCUUACCUUUUUUAAAUUAAUUAUUAAAGUACAAUAAGUUUUUGUCCUGACCAUGUGACUGGUUCAGGAAAAAAGUUUGGAUCUCGGUUAUUGUCUAUAACUAGAGCCACAUUUUCUUGGUGGAAAACAGGAAAUAAAUCCCCUAUUUUUGAUAGUAGCAACAAUGAACCAAGGUACCACUUCUUCUCUUUUCUCUCCCCAGGGGAUGAGACAUCCCUGAAGAAGAGCUUUGACCUCUUCGACGAGUGCCUGGACAUACGGAUCCACAACAAGUUUUUCCGCUACAUCGGCGUCAAUGACAACCACAUCAAGAUGGCUGAGAGUGCCCCCCCUGGCGACAAGGUGUAUGACCUGCUGAAGAACUGGAUGCAGAAGGAGGGCCUGAAGGCGGACAUCAAUGCCCUGCUCCAGGCCCUUCUCAGCCUGGACCAGAGGCGCUCCGCUGAGAGCAUUGCAUUCGCUGCCAUCCAGAAGGGUUACUACAAACACGCAGACACGCCCUGACACCCCCAGCCUACUGGGGGGCGCUGCCUCAGAGACAUGUGUGGAUUGAGAUUAAAUCAAAAACAUUGUUGAAAGACAACUUCAACUCUUAUCGGCCUAAAUGGCCUGAUGUAUUCUGCCAAAUGCCUGUGCUUCUAAAACAACACCAAUGGAGGAGUUGGAGAUCAACAAUGUUGUCUUUCGAAUAUCUGCUGGUGUAUGGUCUGGUGUAUUUGGCCUAAAGGCCAGUGCUCUCUAAAACAAAACAUAAAAAACAAAAUGGAGGAGUUGGAGAUGGACGUUGUUUUCUUUGGAAGAUAGCAUUAUUGUCCAAAAAGGCCUGGUGUGUCCAGUCGUCAUGGCUUUCUAAAACAAAACAAAAACAUAAAAUGGUGGAAGAGUUAAAUGUUGUUGAUAGAUGUUGAUGUUGUCUUCCAAGAUGGCCUGAUUUAUUUAGCCUUGCUAGGCCUGAUGUAAGCUGAGAGCUGAUUGGAUGGGUCUGGAGCUCACCUUUGACCUCCAUGAUUUUACGCCCCGCCCCUUCUCUCUGAGCGACUGACAUGGCUUAUAGGCCAAUACCGACCCCUGGGACAGGGACAUACACUGGUUUGUAGGAGUGGCAUUAGCUAGCACAUUCUUAC